CGGGGCCCAGUGGGCUGCGGGGAUGCGGGGCACGAGCUGCGUGGGCGGCGGCGGCGAGAGCCCGGGUGGCGCCGGGCUGAGCGAAGGCCCGCGGGGCCGCUGGCUGCGCCUCGCCCCGGUCUGCGCCUACUUCCUCUGCGUCUCGUUGGCCGCCGUGCUGCUCGCCGUCUACUACGGGCUCAUCUGGGUUCCCACGCGGCCCCCCGCGGGCCCUGCCGGCCCGCCGCCCAGCGCGCCGUCCCCUCCGUGCGCCGCCCGUCCGGGCGUGCCGCCUGCCCCGGCGCCCGCCGCUGCCUCGGUCUCCUGCCUCCUGGGAGCCCCCGGCGGGCCACGACCCCAGCUCGAGCUGCCGCGCAGCCGCCGCCGCCGCCGCCACAGCGACCCCAGCCGCCGCCCGAACCGUCAGACACCCAGAGAGACGCCGGAGGCUGCGGGGGGGCGAGGACCCGGGUAACCCUCCCUUCCAACCCAAGCUGGAUCGCCGCCUCUCGAUAGCCCGCGCCCCCACGGCGGAUGCUCCGUUACACGGUUGGGCCCGGGCUCCCUCUUCAUGACAUCGCCUAGCGUCUCCGGAGUCGUCAUCCAGAAGAAUGGGGGUGGGGGCGCCAAGGGGAGCUGGCCCGGGGCCUCGUUCCUCUGCCGUCAGGCCGGGGUCCUCCAUCAUCUGGCAGAGCCCAUCCUGACCUCUGCCUCCUGACACCCUCCCUAGUAUUUUGAGCAUAGAGCCUACAGCCCACCGCCCUCCUGUCUCAAUCUCCGUGUCCAUGUCCCUGUGCAAUAAAUUCCAGCCCCAACUGCC